CCUACCAGGCCUUUGCCCCUUCUAGCUUCCGGGGAGCCCACUUUGAUCAGGGCCACCAUUACUGUUAAAGUCCCCACCUCAGCCUUGUACUCUUCCCACUGGAAUCGGAUUUGCUAGAGGGUACGUGGGAUCAGAAGUCCUCCCUUGUCCUCAAGCCACCAGCCUUUGCAUCUUCGCGGACACUGCAAGUAGGAGCUCUUUUACCGCCAAGUUGAAGUCGCUCUCUGUCCUCACAGCUGCUUCGGGGGUCUGCUUCCAGCCUGAGUCGGGCCUAUUGAUAUUCAGGACCUGAAGUUGCCCACGUAUCUUCUGCUCUGUUGGAAAGGCUUGGAGAGCAGGGGAGAGACGUGUGCUUCAGUCAGCUCUCCUGCCCCAUAUCACUGUUCCAUAUUACUGUGUGAGCAUCUCCCCGGGUGCUGUGGGCUGCAAGCCUAGAGCCAGGCACUGGGCCUCCAACACUGCCCAGUUUUCACGCAACCGAAAGCUCAAGAGAAGUCCCUCAAAGCAAGACGUCUGUUGGGGAAAAUGAGUGGCAUUGGCUGGCAGACACUGUCCCUAUCGCUGGGGUUAGUGUUGUCGAUCUUGAACAAGGUGGCGCCGCAGGCGUGCCCGGCCCAGUGCUCCUGUUCUGGCAGCACAGUGGACUGUCAUGGACUGGCACUGCGCAGUGUGCCCAGGAAUAUCCCCCGCAACACCGAGAGACUGGAUUUGAAUGGAAAUAACAUCACGCGGAUCACGAAGACAGAUUUUGCUGGUCUCAGGCACCUCAGAGUUCUUCAGCUCAUGGAGAACAAGAUCAGCACCAUCGAGAGGGGAGCAUUCCAGGAUCUUAAGGAGCUGGAAAGACUGCGUUUAAACAGAAAUAACCUUCAGUUGCUUCCUGAGCUGCUGUUUCUUGGGACUGCGAAGCUCUACCGGCUCGAUCUCAGUGAAAAUCAAAUUCAAGCAAUUCCAAGGAAGGCUUUCCGUGGGGCAGUUGACAUUAAAAAUCUGCAACUGGAUUACAACCAGAUCAGCUGCAUUGAAGAUGGGGCGUUCAGAGCUCUGCGAGAUCUGGAAGUGCUCACUCUGAACAAUAACAAUAUUACUAGACUUUCAGUGGCAAGUUUCAACCAUAUGCCUAAACUUAGGACAUUUCGACUCCACUCCAACAACCUGUACUGCGACUGCCACCUGGCCUGGCUCUCGGACUGGCUUCGCCAAAGGCCACGGGUGGGCUUAUACACUCAGUGUAUGGGCCCAUCCCACCUAAGGGGCCAUAAUGUAGCAGAGGUUCAAAAACGAGAAUUUGUCUGCAGUGAUGAGGAAGAAGGUCACCAGUCAUUCAUGGCUCCCUCCUGUAGUGUGCUGCACUGCCCUACUGCUUGUACCUGUAGCAACAACAUUGUAGACUGCCGAGGGAAAGGUCUCACUGAGAUCCCCACAAAUCUGCCUGAGACCAUCACAGAAAUACGUUUGGAACAGAAUUCCAUCAGGGUCAUCCCUCCAGGAGCCUUCUCACCAUACAAAAAGCUUAGACGACUAGACCUGAGCAAUAACCAGAUCUCUGAACUUGCUCCAGAUGCCUUCCAAGGACUGCGUUCUCUGAAUUCCCUUGUCCUAUAUGGAAAUAAAAUCACAGAACUCCCAAAAAGUUUAUUUGAAGGACUAUUUUCCUUACAGCUACUAUUAUUGAAUGCCAACAAGAUAAACUGCCUUCGUGUAGAUGCUUUCCAGGACCUGCACAACUUGAACCUUCUCUCCUUAUAUGACAAUAAGCUUCAGACUGUUGCCAAGGGCACCUUCUCAACUCUCAGAGCCAUCCAAACUAUGCAUUUGGCCCAGAAUCCUUUCAUUUGUGACUGCCAUCUCAAGUGGCUAGCGGAUUAUCUCCACACCAACCCAAUUGAGACCAGCGGUGCCCGUUGCACCAGCCCCCGCCGCCUGGCGAACAAAAGAAUUGGACAGAUCAAAAGCAAGAAAUUCCGUUGUUCAGGUACAGAAGAUUAUCGAUCAAAAUUAAGUGGGGACUGCUUUGCAGACUUGGCUUGUCCUGAAAAGUGUCGCUGUGAAGGGACCACAGUAGACUGCUCCAAUCAAAAACUCAACAAAAUCCCAGAACAUAUUCCCCAGUACACAGCAGAGCUACGUCUCAAUAAUAAUGAAUUCACAGUGUUAGAAGCCACAGGAAUAUUUAAGAAACUUCCUCAAUUACGUAAAAUCAACUUUAGCAACAAUAAGAUCACUGAUAUCGAGGAGGGAGCAUUCGAGGGUGCGUCUGGUGUGAAUGAAAUUCUUUUCACCAGUAACCGUUUGGAAAAUGUUCAGCAUAAGAUGUUCAAAGGAUUGGAGAGCCUCAAAACAUUGAUGCUGAGAAGUAAUCGAAUAAGCUGUGUUGGGAAUGACAGUUUCAUAGGACUCGGCUCUGUGCGUCUGCUUUCUUUAUAUGACAAUCAAAUUACUACCGUUGCUCCAGGAGCAUUUGAUACUCUCCAUUCGUUAUCUACACUAAACCUCUUGGCCAAUCCUUUCAACUGUAACUGUCACCUGGCAUGGCUGGGAGAAUGGCUCAGAAGGAAAAGAAUUGUGACAGGAAAUCCUCGAUGCCAAAAACCCUACUUCCUGAAGGAAAUCCCAAUUCAGGAUGUAGCCAUUCAGGACUUCACCUGUGACGAUGGAAAUGAUGACAAUAGUUGUUCUCCACUCUCCCGUUGUCCUUCGGAAUGUACCUGCUUGGAUACCGUGGUACGAUGUAGCAACAAGGGCUUGAAGAUCUUGCCUAAAGGUAUUCCCAAAGAUGUCACCGAGCUGUAUCUGGAUGGGAACCAGUUUACACUAGUCCCGAAGGAACUCUCUAACUACAAACAUUUAACACUUAUAGACUUAAGUAACAACCGAAUAAGCACCCUUUCCAAUCAAAGCUUCAGCAAUAUGACCCAGCUUCUCACCUUAAUUCUCAGUUACAACCGUCUGAGGUGUAUCCCUCCACGGACCUUUGAUGGAUUGAAAUCUCUUCGGUUACUGUCUCUACAUGGAAAUGACAUUUCUGUCGUGCCAGAAGGUGCCUUCAGUGACCUUUCAGCCUUGUCACACUUAGCGAUUGGAGCCAACCCUCUUUACUGUGAUUGUAACAUGCAGUGGUUAUCCGACUGGGUGAAGUCGGAAUAUAAGGAACCUGGAAUUGCCCGCUGUGCUGGUCCUGGAGAAAUGGCAGAUAAAUUGUUACUCACAACUCCCUCCAAAAAAUUUACAUGUCAAGGUCCUGUGGAAGUUACUAUUCAAGCCAAGUGUAAUCCCUGUUUAUCAAAUCCAUGUAAAAAUGAUGGCACCUGUAACAAUGACCCAGUUGACUUUUAUCGAUGUACCUGUCCAUAUGGUUUCAAGGGCCAGGACUGUGAUGUCCCCAUUCAUGCCUGUAUCAGUAAUCCAUGUAAACAUGGAGGAACUUGCCACUUAAAAGAAGGAGAGAGUGAUGGAUUCUGGUGUACUUGUGCUGAUGGGUUUGAAGGAGAAAACUGUGAAGUCAAUAUUGACGAUUGUGAAGAUAAUGAUUGUGAAAAUAAUUCUACGUGCGUUGAUGGAAUUAACAACUACACAUGUCUUUGCCCACCGGAAUAUACAGGCGAACUGUGUGAGGAAAAGCUGGACUUCUGUGCACAAGAUCUGAAUCCCUGCCAGCAUGACUCCAAGUGCAUCCUGACUCCAAAGGGAUUCAAGUGUGACUGCACUCCGGGGUACAUUGGUGAGCAUUGUGACAUUGACUUUGAUGACUGCCAAGAUAACAAGUGUAAAAAUGGUGCUCACUGCACAGAUGCAGUGAACGGAUACACAUGCGUCUGUCCUGAUGGCUACAGCGGCUUGUUCUGUGAGUUUUCUCCACCCAUGGUUCUCCCUCGCACCAGCCCCUGUGAUAAUUUUGAUUGUCAGAAUGGAGCCCAAUGUAUCAUCAGGAUAAAUGAACCAAUAUGCCAGUGUUUACCUGGCUACCUGGGAGAAAAGUGUGAGAAACUUGUCAGUGUGAAUUUUGUCAACAAAGAGUCCUAUCUUCAGAUUCCUUCAGCCAAGGUUCGGCCUCAGACCAACAUCACACUUCAGAUUGCCACAGAUGAAGACAGCGGCAUCCUCUUGUAUAAGGGUGACAAAGACCACAUUGCCGUGGAACUCUAUCGAGGGCGAGUUCGAGCUAGCUAUGACACCGGCUCUCACCCGGCUUCUGCCAUUUACAGUGUGGAGACGAUCAACGAUGGAAACUUCCACAUUGUGGAACUACUGACCCUGGACACAAGUCUUUCCCUCUCUGUGGAUGGAGGAAGCCCUAAAAUCAUCACCAAUUUGUCAAAACAAUCUACUCUGAAUUUUGACUCUCCACUUUAUGUAGGAGGCAUGCCUGGGAAAAAUAACGUGGCAUCACUGCGCCAGGCCCCUGGGCAAAAUGGCACCAGCUUCCACGGCUGUAUCCGGAACCUUUACAUUAAUAGUGAGCUGCAGGACUUCCGGAAAGUGCCUAUGCAAACCGGAAUUCUGCCCGGCUGUGAGCCAUGCCACAAGAAAGUAUGUGCCCACGGCACAUGCCAGCCCAGCAGCCAAUCAGGCUUCACUUGUGAAUGUGAGGAAGGGUGGAUGGGACCCCUCUGUGACCAGAGAACCAAUGAUCCCUGCCUCGGAAACAAAUGUGUACAUGGGACCUGCUUGCCCAUCAAUGCCUUCUCCUACAGCUGUAAGUGCCUGGAGGGCCAUGGGGGCGUCCUCUGUGAUGAAGAAGAAGAUCUGUUUAGCCCCUGCCAGAUGAUCAAGUGCAAGCAUGGGAAGUGCAGGCUCUCUGGACUCGGGCAGCCCUAUUGUGAGUGCAGCAGUGGAUUCACAGGGGACAGCUGUGAUAGAGAAAUUUCUUGUCGAGGAGAACGGAUAAGAGAUUAUUACCAAAAGCAGCAGGGUUAUGCUGCCUGUCAAACAACUAAGAAAGUAUCUCGCUUGGAAUGCAGAGGCGGGUGUACUGGGGGGCAGUGCUGUGGACCUCUGAGAAGCAAGAGGCGGAAAUACUCUUUCGAAUGCACAGAUGGAUCCUCAUUUGUGGAUGAGGUUGAGAAGGUGGUGAAGUGCGGCUGCGCAAGAUGUGCCUCCUAAGCGCGUCUCUAGAAGCUUCUAUCUUCGGCGAAGGUUGUACACUUCUUGACCAUGUUGGACUAAUUCAUGCUUCAUAAUGGAAAUAUUUGAAAUAUAUUGUAAAAUACAGAACAGACUUAUUUUUAUUAUGAUAGUAAAGACUUGUCUGCAUUUGGAAAAAUAAUAAUAAAAGACAUGCUCUACUAAAGCUCCCCCUACACUGGAGAAGUGUGAAGAAAAGCCACACUUGGAGGCAUUAGUGCAGCGGUGGGGACCAUUGCAACACGGAGCCAUCUUUGGAACAUGCUAAAACUAGCAGAAGCACAUAUACAAGAGCGUGCUAUGGGACUGUAUGCUCAUAUGGUCUUGCCCAGAGCGUCAAACCCAUGACUCCCUUCCCAUCAGUUCCCAAGGACACAUCGAGCACAAGUGUGUGAAUGAGACUGUGAGGUAGAUGAAUGGAAAUCCAGAAUCUGUAGAUAGAUCCAAGGGAUGAGAUAUAUUUUGUGCAAGAUCUAAAGUGUCCUGACAUCUGGGUUUCAUUCGGAGAGAGAUGAGUGUGGAGUGCUGCGAUGUAUUUUAUUGUCUUUGGCAAAUGAUAGCACAUAAGCAGAAAAACAGCACAUGAAAGUGUUUAGCUACCAGUUUCCAGUAUUAAAUUUUUGUAAUAUAAAUGACAAAAGAGAUGAUAAAGAACCAAUAGAUUAUUGAUAAAUAAAAAAUUAGUAAUAUGAAUUUUUGUUUCUAUGAGUUCUAAAUAGCCCUAUACAGUAUUCAUUUUCAAUGAGGAAUAUUUAUUGUAUUAAAGUACAUUUUACUUAACGAUUUAGAUCAUCAUUUUGGACUGUUUCUCGAUGCUUUAAUAUAUAUUAAUUUAUAAUUAUCCUGAUAUUUUUGUACAUUUUCAAACUUAAAAAAAAAUCAGGAUUUUUUUUGGCAAUAGUACUAACAUAGGAUGUUAUUUUGUUAUCUCUGGAUAAGUAUGUGUUGUUCUGUUAGCUGACUUGACAUCGGACCACUGAUGUCACUGAACUGUGGCCUCCUUCAGGACACUUGCAGACGGCUUGCAAAGUCUCAGAGUAGAAACAGCAAGUCCAUCCAUCUGCUACAUGUCCUCACAGGAAGAAGGAACUCAUCUGUAGCAAUGGCCAGUAAGAAGUAAAUGUUUUGCAAAUUAAUUAAUAAACAUUUCCCUGACAUGCUUUGGGGGAGGGUGGGAGAAGAAAGACUGUUAUGUCAAAAAUUGUAAUUUCUCUCCAAACAAUAAAACUCCUUUAUUACCUUA